AUGCAGUGGAGUGACUGUAUCGUUGUUGGUGAUAGUGGUGUAGGUAAAACAAGUCUGCUGUUAAAAUACUCAAAAAAUGAUCAAUAUUCAUUAUGUAGUGAAUAUAUACCUCCUUCGAUUGAAACUUGUGUAGUAACUGUUAUGGUUGAUGAAAAACCAUUACACCUUGGUUUAUGGGAUACAACUGAAGAAACAGAUUACCAUAGCUUCAAACGACUUGUGUAUAUAAAAACCGAUGUAUUGCUUAUUUGUUUUUCACUUGUUGAUCCAGCAAGUUUUGAAAAUGUUAAAGCUAAAUGGUAUCCAGAAGUACGUCAUCAUUGUCCAGCAACACCAAUAAUACUUGUUGGUACAAAACUCGAUUUACGUGAAGAUAAAGAAACUAUUGAAAAAUUAAAAGAUAAAAAACUUGCACCAAUAACUUAUCCACAGGGUCUUGCAAUGGCUAAAGAAAUUGGAGCAGUCAAAUAUAUGGAAUGUUCAGCAUUCACAGAACAAGGCCUGGAAGCUAUUUUCGAAAAAGCAGUACGUGUAAGCUUAGCUGAGAGAAAGAUUCGCACUUGUUGCCUUUUGUAA